AUGACAUCAAUAAUUACGAUUCUGACAAUAACAUUGAUUGAAUGUGUGUUUGGAGUAAUUUAUGUUGAUCUAAAGAAUUUUAUUAUAUCUAAUGGAGUGAAUGUAUUUCAUGGUAGAUUCAAUAUAAACUCCAGAUAUUUUAUGUUUGUUGGUGAUUCAGAACCCAUUAGUGAAUUAAGAUACGGAAAUGAAGUGAUAUUUCCAAAGGAGAAUGGUUCACAGGAAUACAAUUUAUUUGUUGAAUUAUUUAUAAUAAAUAAGGUUAUUCUGGUAUCAUUUUAUGUCCACACAUUUAAUGAUGGAUUAUUGAAAUCAGUCAAUCGACAUACCAUUAGCAUAUCAUCUGACAAAUACAGUCACAUAAGUAAUGAAGAAUUUAUGUCAAAAAUAAAUAAACCUGUUCUAGUUUCAUUUGAUAUUGGACCGAAACCAAAACAUCCGUUUAUAAAAAGUACCAUUUCUCUUGUUUUAAAACGAUUUUUGCAUAAAUAUAUAUUUGAAGAUAAUUAUAAAGGUUUUAUGCUUGAUGGCAAAUCAGGUCCACUAUAUAAAUUCGGAUAUGUAUAUGAUUCGAAUCGUCCUGCUGUUGUAGGUUAUACAAAGCUUCCAUAUUUAACUGAAGAAUCCUUUUUGAUUACGAUAUAUAAUUUGUAUGAACCUUUUAUGAUUCAAUUUCCUUUUGGUUGUCUUCAAAAUUAUGAAAUCAAGACAAUAUUUGGUAUUGAGUACUGGUUUUUGACAACAUACGAUGGUGAUUUGUUACAAGAUCGUGAACACAUGAAUGCAAUCAAAUUACAUAUAUCAUACAGAAAUCAGUAUGGGAUAACUUUAAUUACAUUAGACAUAUCAGAACUUGUUAGUCCCGAAUUAUUUGGUAUUGAAAAAGUUACAGGACCAAUUGGUAAUUGGAAAUACACACUGUACAAAUUGAUGGAUAAAUAUGUGAAUCAGUAUAGAAUAAGGAUCAUAAUUGACUCAAAAAUAGAUAACAGAACGAUAUUUAUGCAAAGAAAUCAAUAUAUUAGUUUCAAUAUAGAAGUGUACAGAAAUGAAAAAGAAACAUACAUCAUAAUGUGUUAUGACGUAUUUAAACUUGAAAAAAUUAAAAAAAAGUGCAAUUUUUAUUACAAAAGAAGAAAAAUGAAUCAUUACAUAACAUUAAUUAAAAGUGAAUGUAUUGAUAUAAAUAAAAGGAUAGAAAAAUCAUAUCCGAUAAAACUAGAUAUUACUAUUGAUGAAGAACAACCAUCAUUAUUUGAGAAAAAGGAAAUAUCAGAUGGUGAAAUGACAAUUCAUCAUUUCUCAAUAAAGGAAACUAAUGAUUUCGGAGAAUCCAUAUUGAACAAAUAUGUGUUUGGGGCUGUUUAUGCAACAGGAAGUUUUCAACCAGGUAACAUACCAUUGGAACCAUUUAGAAAAAACAAGGUGAUGAUUAAUCCAAACAUAAACACAAACAAAUUUAUUGUAAGGAACAAAUCAACAUUUGAUGAUCUGAACACACCACAAUAUCAGUUAUUCCGACUAAGAACAUAA